AUGUUACUACUUCUUCUUUUGUUUUUUUGUGUACCAUGUAUUACUGGAGAUGAAGAUGCUAUUCUUGAUCAACUGCGAACUGAAAUUGCUUUCAGUAAAAGAAUGGAUCAAGAUCAUAUGAUUGAUUUUGUAUGUAAAUUAUUAGCAUCACCAGAAUUUAUUGUAGCCAGUGCUGAUGAUGAUUUUUUAAGUACGAUACUUGAUGAACUUGGCUUUGGAGCAUUGGGUGUACGACGUAAUACUUGGGCAGCUAAAUAUCAAGCAGAUCCUCGUAAAUCAGCAACUUGUUUUGGUACUUUACAUUCAGUAGGAACAUCUGAUAAAUCAAGAAUGUCCUUGGCAAAUUCAAGAAAUAUUAUACGACGAUGUUGUUUAAAUAACGAUGAUUUAUAA